GGCGCGCCGGGGCAUCAGGUUACCGUACAGCCGUAGCCGUUCAGCUCGAGGAGGUGCGCAAACCAGGAGACAUCGAGUUUUACGGACUGAACUAGAGAGAGAGAGAGAGAGAGAGAGAGAGGGCGAGAGAGAGAGAGAGAGAGAGAGAGAGCGAGGGAGAAGGGAGAGAAAGCCCUAACCCUUGGUAAACUAGACCACUUCUAACUGCACAAUAACCCAGGGACAAAGAGGACAUACGGCUCGGGCUACUGGGCAUACGGGCAGUGCGUGCAGGAAUGGCUCCGUCUCUUUCUAUCGGACCCCUCACGUGCUCUAGGACCUACUGAAGAGAGACUGGGAGCGCAGCGGACGAGAGGAGCGGAAUAUUUAGCUACUACAUUAACUCACUGCAGUUUCCCUGCUCUGGGGAAGAGAGAAGCGACCGAAGAGAAUACAUGGAUGAAGUAUCCGGAGUGCUGCAGAUGGAGUUUUAACUGAUGGAUGCGACAGGUAGAGAAAGCGUUGCAGGGAGAUAAUAUUCAUUUUACAAAGACAUUGAUCGUUAUUCAGUCCAUCUGAACGCAGUACACAUAAUCGUUGCUUGGGAGACCUCAUUAGGCUUACCUGGUCUAACGACGUACCGGAUCUGUGUGACAUUUAGGGGAAAAGAGAGAAGAAACGACAUCCCACAUUUCUCAGCUACAGGUCAACCGGAUCACCUCAGCUUUCAACCGGUCUUGAACCUCUCAAAACCGGAUUUUUAGGGCUAACGGUUCUUGUUAUACCCACGCGCGCUUUGCAAACGGUUCAAUCAAGGACACCGGAGCUUUAACCGGGGAUCUGAAGACAUUAACCGGACAAGAAGGACAGAUGUAUCUAACAUCGACCUCACAUGCACCCGACUGACAUAAACACUCGACUCGAGCCACUGAAGAAAGCGGUAGAUAGAGGCUGUUGCCCUGCCACGCGCACGGCUGGUCAGAAGCUCUUCUGAGUUCUCGGCUUGCUCUAUCUUCCGGUUGUGAGAAUGGCGAGGGUCGCGUGCUGGAAGUGUUACCUCUGGAUCUUUAUUGUGGUAUGGAGGUCGGCGUUACCUUCUGUCGCCAAAUCACUGGAAACUAUAAUCUGGAGCACUCAGAAUCCCAAGUUCUUGCCAGGUAAAGGCGUGGUGAUCUACCCGAAGAUUGGGGACAAGCUGGACAUUGUCUGCCCCAAGGCAGAGCUGGGGCGGGACUAUGAGUUCUACAAACUGUAUCUGGUCCGGAGGGAUCAGGCGGAAAGCUGCAGCACGGUCCUGGACCCCAAUGUCCUGGUCAGCUGUAACAAGCCGGAGAAGGACAUCAAGUUCACCAUCAAGUUCCAGGAGUUUAGUCCCAACUACAUGGGCUUGGAGUUCAAGAGGAAUCAGAACUACUACAUCACAUCCACAUCCAAUGGCUCAGUAGAAGGCCUGGAGAACAGAGAGGGAGGAGUCUGUAGGACCAGAACCAUGAAAGUGGUCAUGAAGGUCGGACAAGACCCCAACACAGUGCUACCAGAGCCGGUAGUACCGGUGGAGCCAGACAGAGAAAAGGACAGCAGCCAGGGAGGAGACACCAGCCCCACUCCUGUGGACAACCAGCUGCCGGGAGCAGGAGAACCAGGCAACACUGACAACAGGUCAGGGUCCGGAGGUUCCAACAGCGACAGCUUCUUGGAUUCGAAGAUUGCAGUGUUUUCCGCCAUUGGAGCCGGCUGCAUUAUCUUCCUCCUCCUCAUCCUCUUCCUAGUCAUUCUGCUCAUCAAGAUGAGGAAGAGGGCCCGGAAGCACUCUCACGCACAGCCACGCCCCUCCGCAAUGUCCCUCAGUACGCUGUCCAAUCAGAACAAGCUGCCGGGCAGCGGGGCCACGGCAGGGACGGAACCCAGUGACAUCAUCAUCCCGCUGCGAACGGAGAAUAACUACUGCCCUCACUACGAGAAGGUGAGCGGAGACUACGGACAUCCUGUAUACAUCGUACAGGAGAUGCCCCCGCAGAGCCCGGCAAACAUCUACUACAAAGUCUGAGAGAAGAGAGAACAUUUGAAGGUUGAAGGAACCGAGGAGAGAAUAAAUGUCUUCAGAAGGAGUGGAGCAAAUGACCAUCUACAAAAGUAUGACAGGGGAGAGGACAGGAGCCAUUAAAAUUAUACUACAGUUUGAGUUGAAAAGAGGAGAGGAACGAGUUGAUUUCUCACUGACUUGGGUUGUGUUUUAUGGUGUGGACUUAGCUGGUAACGAGUCCAUGUUUUUCUAGCGCCUACUGACAGACCACGGGCUGAUGGAGAACCGGAACUGACAGAAACCCUGUAGGGUCGGUAGUAGGAUGUCUUGCCCUUUGUCCUCCUGUUCUGACCACAUGACGUCCCUCCCUCCGUUCUUAGUUCCUUAUCUUCUCUGGGGGUUUACAGUCACAGCCAACUGUUGCUGUCUAGUGCAUGAUAGACAUGUCCCGGGGAGCGUUCAUUCCACCAAACAAAAGUCUUUAGUUGCAAAAAAAUAAAUACAAAAACAACAGUUUCCAUUAGACAAAUCGAAAUAGGUCGUUUUCAAAAUGAAUCCACCCCCGGUGUGCUUUAGGAGCCCUAACAGAGCACGGUUUUAGUUUACUUUCACUACAGUAUUAUCACAGUUCAGAGUACUAACUUGUAGACCACCACAACACGUCACAGAGAAACAUAACGAUGCCCACGUGGCGCUGGACUGGGACCAGGCAAACAGACUCCUAACUGAAGCACCAGUCCGAAUGCCCAUGUGUCCCUUGUUUUACUAUGUUUGUUGGACCAAAAAUCCCCACAAGGAUAUUAAAACGAGGAAAAGUUGACCUCGGGGGGGGGGGGGGAGGGGGGGGGGGGGUUGGGAGCAUUUUUAUGAAGUUCAGUCGGGAUAUGAUUAGGGUCAGAGGGAGUGGUCAGGGGUAAGGUUUAGGGUCAGAGUUAAGGUUAGGUUUAGGAUUGGGGAAUUUUGGAUUGCGUGUGCGGGUUGGUUGGGGCUCUGUGCUGGGGGGUCCAGAUAGCUCAGGUAUCAGGCACAGUGUGUGUUCCUCUCAACUCUACAGUUGGCCUUACUGCAUGGAGUAUUUUUGAUGGAAGAUUCCCUGGACCCGGCGUCAGUCCCAAGGGCCCUUGUAUUUUGUCACAUGAGCGUACAGGUGCACAAUAGAUAGAAGUUAACAUGUCACUGCUUCCUCCACUCAUCAACCUCUCAUCUUCCCAUUGAGAUGACCCAGGUCGCCGUUGUAUGUGGACAGGCCCCGCGUCUGGGAGUCUGGAAGUGUGUGUGUGUGUGUGUGUGAGUGUUAGAUCGGCCUGAUAGGAUCUGAGCCAUGAUCCAGGUAUUUAUGACAUCCUUUUAGUGCUACGUGCGUUCGAAGGGGUUUGUGUCUUCUGGGGGCUGGGAGGAGAUUCAACAGAGGUAGUUAUGUCAACUAGCUGGAGAACCGUCACCUCUAAUGAGAUAAAGCACUAAAGAAGAGUGAUGAUGGUGGGAGACUUUUCAGGUCGGAUGCCCCUGGCCUGUUGACUGUUGGCCAGGGUGUGUGUAUGUGUUCUGCUGGCGGACUAUUGGUCUUGGGUGUUGGCUCCUGUCAGUGGAUGAGUCAGCUGAGACCGUAGCACUGCCACAAUGUGACUAAUCAACAUGGCAGCAGACACAGACGUGCACGCCCGCAGUCCACACGUGCACUCGCCCUGAUGACAAUAACAGGACGACUAAGGGAAGAGGAGGGGACGAGAGGAGGUAUGGUGUUGGUUAGCAGUUUUUUUUUUUUUAUCUUCCUCUCCCAGUUGUGCUCUGAAAGAAAAUGACUUGCUGAAUAUUCCACACUAAAGGUGUUCACACACUGACGAAACUGAGAGAACUGAGGGAGAGUGAGAAAGGGAGAGAACAUAUUCCACACUCAAGUUGUUCAGUCACUAAGGAAAUUCCAGCUUCAGCUAUCGCACAGAACAGGACUGUCAGGAUUAGCUUCAGCGGCUGAGUGUGUGUGUGCUCGCACGUGUGUGUGUAAGUGUGUGUGUAAUCUGUAUUGGGCAAAGAACUCCCACUGCGUAGAGAAGGUUUGGAAAUUGACAAAUAGAUGAAUCAUGGACUCUGUCUGCCAAAUACCAACUAGUACCAAUUUAAUACAAGAUAUUCCAUGAGAACAGACAGAGACAGAUAAGGACAGAUAGUGAGCAGAGUGGAUCAAUUAAGUAACUUUGUCUGUCUGCUGGUGUGUUUUCUAGUGAGUUCCAUUCUACACCAUCAAAGUGUUACCACAAAACCAUUUCUCCAUUGAAAUCAUCUGUUAGUGUUCAAAAUGAUGUGGCAAAAACAAAUUGGAGCAAACCAUGUAAAUAAUCGGGAUGAACUCUGAUUUAAGACAAAUGAUAAUUUCACCCGAGCACGGCUCUCCUGAAACAUUUAAGACUAGAUUUUUGUAAUGGAGAUAGGUUUUUGUAUAUAGUUGUCUUUUUUUAAAGAAAAUGUGUGUUUUGUAUGAAUUAUUGCAUUUUGUCAAUGUUUGUUUGAAUUUUCUUUGAUUUUUUGUAAAAUGAGAUGUCUGGUUCAGUUCACACAGGCUGGUCAUUUUAAGUGUCCAGUAUUGUAACGUAUCAGCUACUUCUUAUUUCAUCAAGCAAUCCCAAAUGGACCUUUAGUCCUAACCCUUACACUCUAACUCCUACACAUUAGUCACUGAAGUGAAAGUCAGUACACAGGUUUAGGCAUUACUACACUUCCAGUUAGCCAAUCAGACAACAUGGAGCUACAGGUAUUAACUUAUUGCUGUCCCAAUCCUUUCAAAUCAAUUUUUGUAUCCAUUCAAAAGUUAUUUGUAAUGAAUAGCUAGGUGGGUUCAGAAUCAUGUUCCUUGUCAGAAUUGAACUGAACUUCAGUUAGUUAAAGAAGAAGAGCAGGCCCACAGUUUUGAUAUGGAUAGUUAAUAAAGACAGUGAAUGGCUGUCGCUAUAAUGAUAAUAAUUGAGUUGUGACAAAGGAUAGUUGUCGCUCUAUAUAAUCAAGUCCCUCUCAGAUACAGCACUUAGUUAUUGUGAAGACUGUGGUGUUGUCUCUGUCUCCGUGUAUUACCCCGCCCCCCCCCCACACCCACCCACAUCUCAAAGGACUGCUCACCAGGCUGUUGGUCUGUCACAUUCAGAAUUUGGCUGAUUUCUACUCUUGUUCAAGCCACACAGUUUUAUGUUCCGUGUGCAUGUGGAUAACUUGUUGACUUUGUUUCUCUCAUAACCGUAUGUUUAUUUUUGCCAUUAACUUCGCCGCUUCCCAACGUAUUCCUGUCGCCACCAGCUACCAUGAUAAACUUCCACAAGUUUGGAAAUCACAUAUUGAGAAAUAAAUUUUUUCCCAUGGAAAUCAUUUGUGGGAUGUCGUUUUUUUUCUCUUCCAGAGUACAGAGUCUCCUCUUCUGCUGCCACCACGCUGGCUUCUCUAACACACAGACACACACACACACACACACAGACACACACACACACACACACAGACACACAGACACACACACACACACACUCACUGGGAUGAAGGGUGGACAGAUGGGUCUGUUCUGACACAUUAGUCAGAUCUGAGACACACACAGGCUUCACACACACCGCACGCCCACGCUUGAUUUGUAUUUUUGAGGAGGGCCAGCCCUGUCUGCUACGCCUCCCUGCAUAUUAAGUCAUCCUCAUAUCAACCCUCUCUGCCCCGCUGUCCUCCACAAUUACCGUCUUCCACAGUUUAUUAAAUCGGAUUGGUUGCACUCUGCAUUUCCACUGCAAUUGCAUGAAAUGACAGCUUGUGUUCUCCACUGUUGAAGGACAGAUUCCAGGCACUUUGUGUGCGGGUGUGCUUGUGUGUAUGUCAGUUUGUGUGUGGGUGUGGGGGUGUGCGCGCAUGUGUGUUCCCUGGGUCUGUGAAAGCAGAGACGGCAUGACAUGUUAUUUAGGUGAUUGGGUCUUUUCUACUCUCAGUAUGUUAUUUUGUGACUGCUCUAGUUGCCAUUGCUGUGGGAGGUACAGAAACCGACAAAUGGAUGGGUCAACAUUCCUAAAUCACCUUUUAGUUAAAUGAGAGGAGAUCCUCAGGGAAAGUUACGCACAUCUAUCAAAUGGCAGUUAACCACAGUGCCACAGUUCUGUACACACUGGUGGUUGCACACUGCUGGGCAAUAUUCUGAUCUUAAUCAACACCUCCCAUCGUUGUUAAUAUAGUUUUAUCUCUGCUCAGGCCACUCCUAGUUCUUAUUGUUUGAAGAAGUUAUUUGCAAAAAUGUAUUGUACAUUUUUACAAUAAACUUUUUUUACGUA